CUGCUGGUUCUACAUUCAAACCACUUCAAAUAAGCCCUCCUCUCUUUAUUAUAUGAGAGAGAUCUUCCUCUAGAUUUCCUUCUCCUUCUAGCCUCCUCUCUUCUCUCAUCUUUUCAUUCUCCUAAGAUAUGUAUGCAUCCCUUGCCCGCAUAAAAGCUUGAGGAAAGAAAAGGGAGAGUGAGACAGUUGCCAAGUUCAAACUCACUUGGAAGAUUUUUUGUUUGAUUUGUUGGAGUUGUGCAAAGGACAAUCUCUGCCUUUGGAUUGAUUUAUAUAAUACAUAGGAUAUAUGAUAUGGGUUCCAUGAAUUCAAACAACUGGCUUUCUUUUCCUCUUUCUCCCACGAAUUCGUCUUUGCCAACGCAUUUGCACUCCUCUCAAUCUCAACAGUUCAAUCUAGGGCUAGUGAAUGAUAGUAUGGAGAAUCCAUUCCAAAACCAAGAAUGGAACCUGAUAAACACCCAUUAUACAAGUGAAGUUCCAAAGGUUGCAGAUUUCCUUGGAGUUUCCAAAUCCGAAAGUCCAUCCUUGGAUCUUGUGGCCUUCAAUGAAAUUCAUCAGCCUAGUGAUUCUGACUACUCUCUUCUGCCGCUGCAAAACACUGAUGUAGCAGCAGCACCCAAUAACAACUAUGAUUUCCAAGAAAAUGCUAAUACUUUGCAGUCACUGACAUUAUCCAUGGGUAGUAGCGGCAAAGGCUCAGCCUGCGAAACCAGCGGUGAAAAUAGUACUACUACUAAUAUUGUGGAGGCUCCCCCUAGAAGAACCUUGGACACUUUUGGCCAAAGAACUUCCAUAUACCGUGGCGUAACAAGGCAUAGAUGGACUGGAAGAUAUGAAGCUCAUCUUUGGGAUAAUAGUUGCAGGAGAGAAGGGCAAUCAAGGAAAGGAAGACAAGUCUACUUGGGUGGGUAUGACAAAGAAGAGAAAGCAGCUAGGGCUUAUGAUCUUGCUGCACUCAAGUACUGGGGAACAUCCACCACUACUAAUUUCCCGAUUAGUAAUUAUGAGAAAGAGCUGGAAGAAAUGAAGCACAUGACCAGACAAGAAUUUGUGGCCGCCAUUAGAAGGAAGAGCAGCGGUUUCUCAAGGGGUGCAUCCAUGUACCGAGGAGUAACAAGACAUCAUCAGCACGGUAGAUGGCAAGCGAGGAUCGGUAGAGUUGCAGGAAACAAAGAUCUUUAUCUAGGAACUUUUAGUACUGAAGAGGAAGCAGCUGAAGCAUAUGACAUUGCAGCAAUUAAAUUCAGAGGACUAAACGCAGUCACAAACUUUGACAUGAGUCGUUAUAAUGUGAAAGCCAUUCUUGAGAGCAAUACAUUGCCAAUAGGAGGAGGAGCUGCUAAAAGGCUAAAGGAAUCUCAAGCACUUGAAUCAUCAAGGAAACGUGAAGAAAUGAUAGCUCUGGGUUCAGGUUUCCAAUAUGGAAGCUCUGGUUCAAGCUCUAGCAGGUUACAGUCAUACCCACUGAUGCAGGCCCCAUUUGAGCAGCAACCUCAACCUUUUCUAACAUUACAAAACCACGACAUCAAUUCUCAAUACACUCAAGACGCAUCAUUUCACCAGAAUUACAUUCAAACGCAGCUGCAAUUGCAUCAGCAAUCGGGUGGGUCUUAUAACUUGCACCAGUCCAGCCAGAACACUCAAUUUUACAACAGUUACAUCCAAAACAACCCGGCGUUGCUUCAUGGGUUGAUGAACAUGGGGUGUCCUUCACCAGCAUCUGUUGUGGAUAACAGUGGCGGGUCUAGUGGGAGUUAUAUGGGGAAUGGAAUUGGGUUGGCUUCCAAUGCAACAUCAGGAAAUGCAGUGGGAUCUACGGAAGAUGUAGCCCUUGUGAAGGUUGAUUAUGACAUGGCUGGUGGGGGAUAUGGCGGCUGGUCAGGGGACUCAGUUGCAGGCUCCAAUCCCGGAGUUUUCACAAUGUGGAAUGACUGAUGGAUUUAUAAGACACAACUCAUGGCUUCUGUUUCUACUAAUAUAUCUCUUAAAUUUUUAAUGCAACCAAAAAAAAGAGUUAGGGUAUCUUGAUUUAAAUUUUGUUUCUGUAUUUUGUUUUAUGUUCUUUAUAUUGCUUUAGGGCUUUAAUUUCCCUAUGAAGAAUUUACCCCAAAUCCAAUUUAUUUGGAUUUUAAUGGGUUCAAGGGACCCAAAUUUUGUAUUCGGAAAUAUUAAUAUAUUUAAUAUCAAAUUUUAUGCAUCUAAAA